UGGUUAAAAAACAGACAUUUGACACAUGCGACGUGCCGUGUAAGAGACGUAAGAAAGUCUUUUUUAUCAUUUAUCAAUCUAGGAGGCCGUGAUGCACCCAAACAACCUUUUUUCUGCAAGCAACCUUCAAAGUGAACUAGAACUUUUGCUCACGCACAGUUGGUGACCUUGCGGCCAGUGUAGCCACAAGUGCAUCACAAGUGGAUAGUUUAACAACAUGGCGGAUGCUGCGGCAAGGCAGCUUCAAUACGAAUAUAAAGCUAACUCAAAUCUCGUGCUUCAAGCUGAUGUUCGUCUGAUUGAGAGAAGAAGUCGAGAUGAGGCUACAGGUGAAGUUGUUUCCCUUGUUGGAAAACUAUCGGGGACUAAAAUGGGUGACAGGGCACAGAGGACUCGACCCGGCAAAGCAGAAGAACGGAAAGUUAAGAGGCAAAAACGUGACGAAGCCCAAUAUGAUUUCGCCCGAAUGAAGGGGGCCACAUUACUUUCAGAAGGUGUGGAUGAAAUGGUGGGAAUAAUAUAUCGACCUAAAACGCAAGAAACUAGACAAACGUAUGAAGUGCUUUUGAGUUUUUUGCAAGAAGCAUUGGGGGAUCAACCAAGAGAUAUUCUUUGUGGUGCAGCAGAUGAGGUCUUAACAGUAUUAAAGAACGACAGGUUGAAGGAGAAAGAAAAGAAAAAGGAGACUGAAAUGCUGUUAGGCUCUAUUGCUGAGGAGAGAUUUGCUUUACUCGUUAAUCUGGGUAAAAAAAUUACUGAUUUUGGAAAUGAAGAAAAUAAAAUAUCUAUGAAUGAAGAAAACAUUGAUGAAACUUAUGGAAUUAAUGUUCAGUUUGAAGAAUCAGAGGAGGAAGAUGAUGAAGACAUGUAUGGAGAAGUUCGCGAGGAUAUGGAUGAUGAAGAAGGAGAAGAAGCUAAAGAGGAUAGUGCUAUACAUGCAGAGAAUCUUGGUGGUGUUGAAGAAAUGAAAAAGGAAAAAGCACUUCAUCCUCUUGAUAUAGACGCUUAUUGGCUGCAAAGGCGCCUUUCAAAAAUUUAUGACGAUGCAAUGGUUUCGCAGGCAAAAGCGGCGGAAGUGUUAAAUGUUCUUCGCGAUGCUGGAGAUGAUCGAGAGUGCGAAAAUCAACUUGUUUUACUACUAGGUUACGAUUGCUUUGACUUUAUUAAACAGUUGAAAAAACAUAGGCAGAUGAUUUUAUAUUGCACAUUAUUGGCCAAAUCACAGAGUGAAUCAGAAAGACAGAAAAUCAAAGAUAAAAUGUCUGAAGAUCCCAGUCUUACUCGUAUUUUGCGUCUUCUGGAAACCGGAAAAGGGGAUGAUGAUGGUGAAGACGAAGAAUCAACUUCAAGAUCAUCAAGCCGAAAAGAUCAAUCGGAUGAGAUGGAUACAGGUAGUGGAGCACAAGUUGCUGGAUCAAGACACCUACUUGACUUGGAAGAUUUGGUGUUUACGCAGGGAUCGCAUUACAUGGCAAAUAAACGCUGUCAGUUACCGGAUGGAUCUUUCAGGAAGCAGAGGAAAGGAUACGAAGAGGUACACGUUCCUGCUCUAAAACCUAAACCGUUUGGAGAUAACGAAAAGUUACAAUCAAUUGAUCAGUUACCCAAAUACGUUCAGCCUGUUUUUGAAGGCUUCAAAACACUAAAUCGUAUUCAGAGUCGCUUAUAUAAAACAGCACUCGAAUCAGAUGAGAAUUUACUCUUGUGUGCACCUACAGGUGCCGGUAAAACCAACGUAGCACUAUUGUGUAUGAUGCGUGAAAUAGGCAAACACAUCAACACAGAUGGUACAAUAAACGCCGAUGACUUUAAGAUCAUAUACGUUGCACCAAUGCGUUCUCUCGUACAAGAAAUGGUCGGUAAUUUUGGGAAAAGAUUAUCGAGUUACAAUAUCACUGUAUCAGAAUUGACUGGUGAUCAUCAGUUAACUAGAGAACAGAUCGCUGGGACACAAAUCAUCGUAUGCACCCCUGAAAAGUGGGAUAUUAUAACACGAAAAGGAGGCGAAAAAACAUUCACUUCGUUGGUAAGACUAAUUAUUAUCGACGAAAUUCAUUUGUUACACGAUGAGAGAGGUCCGGUUCUGGAAGCUUUGGUUGCUCGAACAAUUCGCAUGAUUGAAUCGACUCAAGAAGACGUACGUCUGGUUGGUCUUUCGGCUACUUUACCUAAUUACCAAGAUGUUGCCGCGUUUCUUCGAGUCAAAUCAGAUACUGGUCUUUUUUAUUUCGAUAAUAGUUUUCGACCAGUUGCUUUGGAACAACAAUAUAUCGGAGUGACGGAGAAAAAGGCUUUGAAACGGUACCAAGUAAUGAAUGAGAUUGUUUAUGAAAAAACCAUGGAACAUGCAGGACGCAACCAAGUGUUAAUUUUCGUUCAUUCGAGAAAGGAGACGGGAAAAACAGCGCGUGCGAUACGUGAUAUGUGUUUGGAGAAGGAUACUUUAGGACAGUUUUUGAAAGAGGGAUCGGCUUCAAUGGAAGUUUUGCGAACCGAAGCGGAACAAGUGAAAAAUCAUGAAUUGAAGGAUUUGUUACCGUAUGGAUUUGCGAUACAUCAUGCCGGAAUGACGAGGGUUGACAGGACAUUGGUGGAAGAUUUGUUUGCAGAUAGGCAUAUACAGGUGCUGGUGUCAACUGCAACACUUGCCUGGGGCGUAAACUUACCAGCCCACACAGUCAUAAUAAAAGGAACCCAAAUUUACAAUCCAGAAAAAGGCAGAUGGGUUGAAUUGGGUGCUUUGGACGUUCUUCAAAUGUUAGGUCGUGCCGGCCGACCUCAAUACGAUACCAGAGGUGAAGGCAUAUUGAUAACCAAUCACAGCGAACUGCAAUACUAUCUAUCACUAUUGAACCAACAAUUACCCAUCGAAUCUCAAAUGAUAUCAAAAUUAUCAGACAUGUUAAACGCUGAGAUUGUUUUGGGAACCGUACAAAAUGUACGAGAUGCCGUCACAUGGUUAGGUUACACGUAUUUAUACAUUCGAAUGCUUCGACAACCAACUUUGUACGGUGUUUCACAUGAUCAUUUCAAACAAGAUCCGUUAUUGGAACAACAUCGAGCUGAUUUAAUACAUACAGCUGCAUUGUAUCUCGAUCGUAGUGGUUUGGUUAAAUAUGACAGAAAAACCGGUCAGUUUCAAGUAACCGAACUGGGACGCAUUUCCUCGCAUUAUUAUUGCACCCACGAAACGAUGCAAACUUACAAUCAAUUGCUCAAACCAAUGUUGAGCGAAAUUGAAUUGUUCCGCGUUUUUUCCCUAUCGUCUGAGUUCAGGAAUAUAACAGUCCGUGAGGAAGAGAAACUUGAGUUGCAAAAAUUGAUGGAACGUGUUCCAAUCCCGAUCAAAGAAAGUAUCGAAGAACCAAGUGCCAAAGUAAACGUACUGUUACAAGCGUACAUUUCUCAACUAAAACUGGAAGGUUUCGCACUUAUGUCCGACAUGGUUUACGUAACACAAUCAGCUUCGCGUUUAAUGCGUGCUAUUUUUGAGAUUGUUUUACACAGAGGUUGGGCACAAUUGGCCGAUAAAUCGUUAGCUUUGUGUAAAAUGAUUGAUAAAAGAAUGUGGCAGUCGAUGUCACCGUUGCGCCAAUUUCGCAAAAUGCCGGAAGAGAUUGUGAAGAAAAUUGAAAAGAAAAAUUUCCCAUGGGAACGUUUAUACGAUUUGGGACCGAACGAAAUCGGCGAAUUGAUUCGGGUCCCAAAGUUGGGCAAGACUAUCCAUAAAUACGUUCAUCAGUUCCCCAAACUUGAAUUAUCAACGCAUAUUCAACCAAUUACCAGGUCAAUGUUGAAGGUUGAAUUGACCAUAACGCCUGACUUUCAGUGGGAUGAGAAACUUCAUGGAGCGUCUGAAGCGUUUUGGAUUUUGGUGGAAGAUGUGGAUUCAGAGGUUAUUCUCCACCAUGAGUAUUUUUUGCUCAAAGCGAAGUAUUCACAAGACGAGCAUUUGGUUAAAUUUUUUGUCCCGAUUUUCGAACCUUUGCCACCUCAGUACUUCUUACGUAUUGUGUCAGAUCGAUGGAUCGGAGCCGAGACACAAUUACCAGUUUCUUUCCGACAUUUGAUACUACCAGAGAAGAAUUUCCCACCAACUGAACUACUUGACUUGCAACCUUUACCAGUCACUGCCUUACGGAACGAUAAAUUCGAGUCGUUGUAUAACGACAAGUUCCCGCAGUUUAAUCCAAUUCAGACGCAAGUCUUCAAUUCGGUUUACAACGGUGAUGAUAAUAUUUUUAUUGGUGCCCCGACCGGUUCUGGAAAAACUACAAUCGCUGAAUUUGCGAUACUUCGCCUUUUUGAUAAAAACCCGGAAGGUCGGUGCGUUUAUCUCGUUCCGAAAGAUGCAUUAGCUGAGUUAACGUUUGCCGAUUGGCACAAUAAAUUUGGGCAAAUUUUGGGCAAGAAAGUAGUGCUCCUAACUGGUGAAACCGGGACUGAUUUGAAGUUACUGGCAAAAGGUCAGAUUGUUAUAAGCACGGCCGAAAAAUGGGAUGUAUUGUCGCGAAGAUGGAAACAAAGAAAGAAUGUCCAAAAUGUGAAUUUGUUUAUCGUUGAUGAGUUGCAUUUGAUUGGUGGGGAGGAUGGGCCUGUUAUUGAAGUUGUGUGUUCCCGCAUGCGAUAUAUUUCCUCACAGAUUGAGAAACCGAUCAGGAUUAUAGCAUUAAGUGCGUCGCUUAUGGAUUAUCGAGAUGUGUCUCAAUGGUUGGGUUGUAAUGCCAAUGCAACGUUUAAUUUUCAUCCGAGUGUGAGGCCUGUACCGUUGGAAUUGCAUGUACAGGGGAUUAAUAUUACACAUAAUGCGUCGAGACUUAUCGCAAUGGCGAAGCCGGUUUAUAAUGCUGUGGUGAGGUAUAGUCCACAUAAGCCGGUUAUUGUUUUCGUACCGACGAGGAAACAAUCACGUUUGACUGCAAUUGAUUUACUUACGUAUGCUGCGUCUGAGGGACAGUCUAAUAAGUUUUUCCAUGCGGAGGAAGAGGAUAUUAAACCGUUCUUGGAUCGGAUGACUGAUAAAACUUUGAAGGAAACGCUUUCCCAAGGCGUUGCAUACAUGCAUGAAGGUUUGACAGCAAGUGAUUUACGCCUAGUUGAACAGUUGUUUGACUCGGGGGCGGUACAAAUUGCUGUUGUUAGUAAGGAUUUGUGUUGGACCGUGAACAUUUAUUCUUACUUGGUUAUCAUAAUGGACACACAAUUUUACAAUGGAAAAGUUCAUUCCUACGAAGAUUAUCCCAUUACCGAUGUGUUACAAAUGGUGGGACGUGCUAAUCGUCCAUUGGAGGAUGAUGAUGCGAAAUGUGUACUAAUGUGUCAAAGUACCAAGAAGGAUUUCUUCAAGAAAUUCCUAAGUGAGCCGUUACCGGUUGAAAGUCAUUUGGAUCAUAGAUUACAUGACCAUUUCAAUGCCGAAAUCGUAACAAAAACUAUCGAAAAUAAACAGGACGCUGUUGAUUAUUUGACUUGGACAUUUCUGUAUCGAAGACUUACACAAAAUCCAAACUAUUACAAUUUGCAAGGAGUUACGCACAGACAUCUUUCUGACCAUUUGUCAGAGUUGGUGGAAAAUACUUUGUCCGAUUUGGAACAGUCAAAAUGUAUCAGCGUGGAAGAGGACAUGGAUUGUGUGCCACUUAAUUUGGGAAUGAUUGCGGCAUAUUAUUACAUCAAUUACACAACUAUUGAACUAUUCAGUUUGUCACUGAACAGCAAGACCAAAAUUCGUGGUUUAUUAGAAAUCAUAUCGUCGGCAGCCGAAUAUGAAGAUCUUUCCGUACGUCAUCGCGAGGAUAACAUUCUUCGCCAAUUGGCAACAAAAUUACCAAAUAAACUGACAUCUUCCAGUGGAAGUCAACCGAAAUAUAACGACCCACACGUCAAAACAAAUCUUCUCAUUCAAGCACAUUUGUGUCGACUUCAGCUUGGUGCUGAGCUUCAAGGCGAUACAGAAAUUGUACUAAGCAAAGCAAUUCGACUUAUUCAAGCUUGUGUUGAUGUACUUAGUUCAAAUGGAUGGCUUUCGCCAGCUGUGGCCGCUAUGGAAUUGGCUCAAAUGGUGACACAAGCAAUGUGGAGUAAAGAUUCGUAUUUGAAGCAAUUGCCUCACUUUACGACAGAAAUUAUUAAGAGGUGUACGGAUAAAGGAGUCGAAACCGUGUUUGAUAUAAUGGAAUUGGAAGAUGAAGACAGGUCAAAGCUGUUGCAGUUGAGCGAUAGUCAAAUGGCUGAUGUUGCCAGAUUUUGUAAUCGGUAUCCAAAUAUUGAAUUAAGUUACGAAGUUUUGGAUAAAGAUAAGAUACAUUCCGGGUCUUCAGUGCAUGUAGCUGUGCAACUUGAGAGGGAGGAUGAAGUGAAUGGGCCUGUCAUUGCGCCCUUUUUCCCACAGAAACGUGAAGAAGGAUGGUGGGUUGUUAUUGGUGAUCCGAAAACCAAUUCCUUGCUCUCCAUUAAACGCCUUACUCUUCAACAAAAAGCUAGAGUCAAGUUGGAUUUUGUUGCCCCUAGUCCAGGACACCAUAAUUACACUUUAUAUUUUAUGAGUGAUGCGUAUUUGGGUUGCGAUCAAGAAUAUAAAUUUUCAAUAGAUGUUGGUGAUUUUGAAAGCAGUGAAAGUGAGUCAGAGUGAACGAGAAAUAUUUAGUUGAGAAUAGGUAAACUUAUUUUGUUAUUUAAGAUUCGUACAAUAAAAAGUAUGUUUUUCUGAAAUUUUAUGUAAA